CGAUACAUGUAUUGACGUUUCGUAAUUUGUGUAUCUACUUGAUUAACAAAACCAUAAUAUUCCCAUGUAUAAAUAAUAAAUGGGCACCUACAAUGAUAAAACUUCUGUUCAUUCCAAGAAGUUUGUUAAACUUAAUGAAGACUAAUUACGAACAUGAUUUAGUCAAUUUUAGCUUUUUGCCGGGGCUCAUAUUUUAGCCUAUAAAAGUCAUUUCUUACCGCAAAAAAAAUUCUAAAUUUAUUUUUAAAUUAAUAAACAUGGAGAGAGCUUGUUUGAAACGAAUGCGUUCUGAAGAGGAUUCUUCACCUUUUGUACUGCAAAGAAAGAUGCAUGUCAAUGAGAAGAUAAUGGACUCGCGCGACAAUAACAAAAUGAAACAAAUUCAUGCCAAGACAACACAAAUGCUAUUUCAGGCAGCGCGUUCUGUGAGCAACAACAACAUUCAACCGGAUCGUAACAAAAAAUCACCGCUUUACCGUUUGGUAGUCUUAUACGGCAACGGCCAAAUCGAACCCGCCAAGGGUGCUGAAGAGCAAGACGACGAAUUUCUGUGGGUUCGUCGCAAAGCCAAAUGUUGUAACCGGGAUACCUAUGUCCAGAGCAAUUGCAUAAACUGUCAGAACAAUUUAUGUGAAGAGUGUGGCUAUUCUUGCACUGAAUGCGGAGCAUUUGUUUGCAACUCUUGCAUUUCUUUAUUUGGAACCGGAAAUGUAGAUCAGCCAUUAUGCGAGAAAUGUUCACUAUUUGCCUGAAUUUUUAUCAAUGUUUUAAAUUAUUUGAAAGUAGUUAUUUGUAUAUAGGGAUUUAAGAAAAAUAAAUUUGAAUUGCCGGCCAAUA